AUGCGAGCGCCCAGGCGGCGGCGGCGGCCCGGGGGCUUCAGCCAGGGGGGUCCCGCGGGCAGCUCCACCAUGUCGGACAGUGACCCGGGGGAUGAGGACGGAGCCACAUCCCCUGACCCCUCGCAGUGCAAGAGGAAGAGAAGGGGCAACCUCCCCAAAGAGUCGGUGAAGAUCCUGCGGGACUGGCUGUACGAGCACCGCUUCAACGCCUACCCCUCGGAGCAGGAGAAGCUCAGCCUCUCGGGGCAGACCAGCCUCUCCGUGCUGCAGAUCUGUAACUGGUUCAUCAACGCCCGGCGGCGGCUGCUCCCCGACAUGCUGCGCAAGGACGGCAAGGACCCCAACCAGUUCACCAUCUCCCGCCGCGGGGGCAAGGCCGGCGACGCGGCCGUGCCGCGGGGUGCUGCCGUCGGCCCCGGGGUGCUCGUGGUGCCGCCCGCGGGCACCUCCAAGGUGCUGUCGAUGUCGGUGUGCCCGCAGGUACUGUGCCACCCGGCGCGGGCGCUGGCCGUGGUGAGCGCCCACAGCCCCGAGUGGGAGAAGCCGCCCGGGCACGAGGCCGUGCCCAGGGCGGGGCCCGGCGGCAGCACCCUGACCCUGCUGGCGCGGGCCGAGGCGGGCAGCCCCACUCCCGGACUCUUCAACACGCCGCCCCCGACGCCCCCCGAGCUCUUCGGGGACGACUUCAGCAGUUUCCAGCUGUUGGUGGAGGUGGCUCUGCAGAAGGCGGCCGAGCUGGAACGGCAGCGGCAGGGGGGGCAGCUGCCCCUGGCUCCCCACGCCGAGCCCCCCGGAGCCUCCAAAUAACCCCGGGCCGGGUCCCGCAGGGUGCCCUUCCCCGGGGGGCCCGACCCUCCCGGCCUCUGCCUCACCCCCACAGCCCAUCCCAGGAGCGGCUCCUGCCCCCGGGUCUCUGGUGUCUCUCGGCAGCCAAGGCGGCAGAGGAAGGCCGGUCCCACCCGCCAUCCCCCCGUGGAGAUGCCCUGGCUGCCGAGGACGGUGCCCCGGUCUGAGCCCAGAGCUCAGCGCUGGCAGCGCCCUGUCCCUGCCCACGGCCGGAGCGGGCGCUGGAGCUCCCCUGGAAAACCUGCUGAUCUCUCUCCUGCAAACAAGGGUCCAGCCAGCACCGUUUCUCCAGGAAGACAGAGAGAACCUGUUUUUUAAUGCCAGUGUUAGGACUGUGGCUGAAGAGCUUUGUCUCCCAAAUACCUGAUACUUUCCUCCUGCCACCCUUCCCCCCGGCCCUCCUUUUGUUUUUGGGGGCCUUUCUGUUUCCCGGUGCUGGCCAGGGGGCCUGCCUUGCCCAGGGAAGGGCAAAGGACAGAUGAACUGGAAACAUUGAGUCUGUGGCAUUUUAUCAUGGAAAAAAUAGGACCCUCCUCUUCCUUUUUAGGUUGUUCUGGAUGCUGCCAGUAGAAAU